CCGCUGUUUGUUGUGGGCCGGCCUGUCUCCGGCGCUGACAUGGCGGCCGGGCAGGGAGGCGGCGGGCUCGGGCUCGGGCUCGGGCUCCCCGCUCACCUCACCCUGUCCUGCCCCGCCGGGCCGGCCUGGGGCGCGGCCCCGCUACCCCAGCCCCACACGGGGCGCAGCCUGGACCGGGCCCUGGAGGAGGCGGCGGGCUCCGGCAUCGUCUGCCUCAGCGGCAGGAAGCUCCGCGACUUCCCCGGCGGCGGCUACGACCUGAGCGACACCACGCAAGCAGAUCUUUCAAAGAACAGGUUUACUGAAAUUCCUUCAGAUGUCUGGCUGUUUGCACCACUUGAGACUUUAAAUUUGUAUCACAACUGCAUCAAAUCCAUUCCUGAAGCCAUCAAAAAUCUGCAGAUGUUAACGUAUCUUAAUAUUAGUCGAAAUCUUUUAGCAACAUUGCCAAAAUACCUGUUUGACCUACCACUUAAAGUUUUGGUUGUCAGUAAUAAUAAGCUGGUAUCCAUUCCAGAAGAAAUUGGAAAGUUAAGAGACCUGAUGGAGUUGGAUAUCAGCUGCAAUGAGAUUCAGGUCCUUCCCCAGCAAAUAGGAAAACUGCAGUCACUUAGAGAAUUGAACAUUAGAAGAAAUAAUCUCCAUGUGUUGCCAGAUGAAUUGGGAGACCUUCCCUUGGUAAAGCUGGAUUUUUCUUGUAAUAAAGUUACAGAGAUCCCAAUUUGUUAUAGGAAAUUACAUCAUUUACAAGUAAUAAUUUUGGAUAACAAUCCAAUGCAGAUACCACCGGCACAGAUAUGUUUAAAGGGUAAAGUUCACAUAUUUAAAUUCCUCAGUAUUCAAGAAUGCCUCAGAAUAGAUAAAAAACCAGAUUCCUUAGAUCUUCCAUCACUGUGUAAAAGAAUCCCAUCCCAGCCACUCACAGACAGUAUGGAAGACUUUUAUCCCAAUAAAAAUCAUGGUCCUGACUCUGGGAUUGGCAGUGAUAAUGGGGAUAAAAGAUUGUCUGCAACUGAACCAUCUGAUGAUGACACAAUCAGCCUUCACUCUCAGGUAUCAGAAUCGACGAGGGAACAGACUUUAAGGAAUGACAAUCAUUUAAUAGGAAGUAAAUUUGACUCACAUAAAGACCAGGAGGUGUAUGAUUACAUUGACCCUAACACAGAAGAUGCAGCUAUUCCUGAGCAAGGAGAUGUACGAAUGGGACCAUUUGUCUCUUAUGUUAAGGAACAAGGAAAACACCCUGAGAAAUCGCAGAAAAUAGAAGGGAAUGAUGAGUGGGGAGAUGAAAAAAGGCUUCAGAAAGCACAGCUGUUGGCAGAGGAAGAUGAUGAACUGAAAGAAGUGACUGACUUGAGAAAAAUAGCAGCUCAGCUACUGCAACAAGAGCAGAAAAACAGCUUUGAGAAUAGAAGACGUGCAACUGAAGACAUUACAGUCAAACAAAUUCAUACAAAUUCAUACAGACUUUUUAGACGGAGACCAUUAAGCUAUAGAACUUCAUUCAGUGAAAAACUCUUCCAGAGGACGAGGGCUGCAGGACGUGCAUCCAGGCUUCUUAAUCAUUCAACCUCAGUAAACACAAGAAACAGGCCAAAGCAGACCGUGGAAUCUGAAAAAAGUGUCUCAACAGAUGAAACAAAUUCUCCAGUGUCUCCUUACAGAUGGCAGCCACUAGAAAAUCAAAAGGAUCUGACAGAUGAGCAGCACUGGCCAGAAACACAGCCUGUCAUCUGGCAGAAUGAAGAGAGGAGGAGGAGCAAACAAGUUAGAAAGGAAUAUUUCAAGUAUAAGUCUUCCAGAAAGAGUUCCAGUGGAAAUGAAAAUGAUGAGCAAGACAGUGAUAAUACUAAUGUGUCCCCACAGUCUCCUGUAUCAUCUGAGGACUAUGAAAGGACAGACAGUAACUCUCACGGUCCGUUUGGUCUCAAACCGAGAUCAGCUUUCAGCCGUUCCUCUCGCCAGGACUAUGGGGUAGUGGACCCUGGAUUUACAAUGAGGAGGAAAAUGGAGCAUUUAAGGGAAGAAAGGGAACAAAUAAGACAUCUUCGCAAUAAUCUUGAAUCGAGGUUAAAAGUAAUUUUGCCUGAUGACAUUGGAGCAGCAUUGAUGGAUGGGGUUGUUCUUUGCCAUUUAGCCAAUCACAUAAGGCCACGUUCUGUUGCAAGUAUUCAUGUACCAUCACCAGCAGUGCCUAAACUCAGUAUGGCAAAGUGCAGAAGAAAUGUUGAAAACUUUCUUGAUGCUUGUAAAAAAUUGGGCGUGCCACAGGAAAGGCUUUGCCUGCCUCAUCACAUUUUGGAGGAAAGGGGUCUAGUGAAAGUUGGUGUUACAGUUCAGGCUCUGCUUGAACUACCUUCAUCUAAAGCAUCCCAGCUUUCCUCUGUGUAACCUGACUUUUGGAAACCAGACAACUUUAUCAUUGAUCUGUUGAUUUAGAUUGCUGCCAAGCAGUUCAGCUUCCUGACUGGGAACAUCCAAGCCAUCAGAAGUAGUUUCUGCCCAGACACUUUAGACAGAGCCUUAUUUUGAAGGGACACACAAAACUUUGAUUUCAAACUGACUGUUACCUGAAUAUACAGUUAUACUGAUGUUUUAAAACUUGGAUGCACGAGAUUUUAACAACAUCAGAUUCUCUGUCCAGGUAAUAUAAGUUCCAAGUUUCCCAUUAAUGUUUCAUGACAUUAUUUUUAAAAGCUAGAUUUUUUUUUUUACUACAUUGAAAAUGCUGUUCAGUUUUGUUUUAUACAGGAUCUCUCUCUCUCGCGCGCGCGCACACAUAGAGACCUACUAUAAAAAGUGUCAAUAUUUGGAUUAAAUGUAAAGGUAAAACAAAAACCAGCUACAGUAUGAUUGUGAAAAUCUGAGUGACAGAUCACAUUUAAUCCAUUUUUGUUUCAUAUAGCUCUAUAUUUGAGUUCUUUAUUUCUUGCACUUCAGACUGUAAUUUAUAUCCUUCUAACAUCUUCAGUAUUUAGUUGGAUGUAUGGUAAUUACACAAAACAUUAUAGAGGGAAAAGGUGUAUUUUCCAAUCUAAGUUUGUGCCAAACUAUUUUUUUCAGUUGUAUGGUAGAUUGUUUACAUGUGAAGUGCCUGUGUAAUUGAUGAUUCUUCAUAGUCUUAAACGUUUUUGCAAUUUCUUUGUCUAAAAUAGAUACAAUGGGAAUUUUAAAAUAUUUUAAUAGUUUUUGUAAGGUUAGUAAUAUGUGAAGAUUUAAAUGAUGUUUCACAUUUUUGGUGUUAGGUGUUUUAAGUUGCACAAUUGAUUGUUGUCUAAUGAUUGGAAAGUAAUGUAAAUACAUUUUAUUUAUGCUAUUUAAUUUGAUAAUACCCAAUCACUUCUGUUUUAAUGUAUUAACAAAAAUUGUCACUGAGUUAUUUUCAUUGUUUGGGACAAACCAUGAUGUCCAUAGUUAAAUAAUAUAUAUAUGGACUAGUGACGCAUACAUAAUCAUUAAGGAUGUUUUGAUAAAGUGCCAAAAUCUCAGGUUUAUGCUGUGACUUUCAGGAUUUUACAUCAUGUUGUUCCUGAUUUUGCAUUAGUUUUUUACAAUAACAGAAAUCACCCCAAGUUUGAUUUAAAAAAAAUUCAAGCUAGGAAUCUUUUUAUUUUUCAAUGUGUACAGGUUUGUUGAGGGAUUUAUUUUGGAAAUAACCACCUGCAUCAUCACACUUUUGCACCAAUGCUUCUCAUUUUCACCAGUGACACCAAUUAUCAACAGUUAAUUCUGUGCUGAGAAUAUCAAACUCUUGGGAACAAAUGUUUAAAAAAAAAAAAUUAAAUCCCCACAACAGAAGCUUUCUCGAACUUCUGGGUUUAAGUACUUGUUUGAUUCUACACCUUUUCUGACAUUUUUCCCAUGGUGUUCUGAAAACUUUCAGAAUGAUGAACAGUUGACUCCCUUUCUUUCUGUCUCUUCCCCUUCCUCCCAAACAAACAAGUUUACCUUCUUACUAAAUAUGUGACUCACUCAAAAAUGCUGGGCUCUGGAUAUGUCACCGUUGUAUUUUUAGACUGCUACUUUAGACCAAGGGUAAAACCUUGUGUGCCAGAUGAUGUAAAAAAAUUAAGUUAUACUCUGGUGCCAGUUGACUUAACGCUAUUUCAUUUCAUUUGGCUAAGGAAUGAGGAAGAAAAUAUUGCUUUAUUUCUUCCUUACUUUAAUUGAAGCAUCAAAGCCAGCUGAGAAGAAAAUAAAAAUCUUGAUGGCUAAAAGAUUUAGAAGAUAAAAUUAUUUUAAUGUUCUUUAACUAAAAUCCAUUGAAACAAAAAGAACAGGGGUUCUUGUGGCACCUUAGAGACUAACAAAUUUAUUUGAGCAUAAGCUUUCGUGAGCUACAGCUCACUUCAUUGAAAGUGCUCACGAAACCUUAUGCUCAAAUAAAUUUGUUAGUCUCUAAGGUGCCACAAGAACUCAGUUUCCUUUUGCGAAUACAGACUAACACUGCUGCUACUCUGAAACCUGUCAUUGAAAUAAAAGUAAUUCAUGGGCUAUUGUUAACAUAUGCUAUUGUUUAUAGAGUGCAUUCUCAAAUACAGCUCAUUUAAAAAAAAGCCAUGUCCUCUUUUACAAAACGAUGUACAUAAAAAUAUCAUUUAAACAGGUACUCAUGCAGAAACUGUAAUUGGCUCAAUAUAAUGUUCGGCCAUUAAAAUAAGUAGUUUCAUUUAUCUUUCCUCUGAAUUAUCCUUUUUUAUUGUUUAUCUUAAUUCAUAUUCAUAGGAGAGGUCCAUUUCAAAAAAGAAUGGGUAAAUGUAUUCAUUUCACAUAAAUGCAAUAUCAGGAGAAAAAAUAAAUGUAGUUGAGAUUACAAUGAACAAACAAAUUUAGUUCAGUAAGCAGAUUUGUGGUGGUUACUUUUGCUGUAUUUUAAUAGCUGAAGAAUUACCUGAUUCAAAAAGAGGAAAAAAUGUUCCAUAUUAACAACUGUACUAUCUUGCAGUUUUUUAUACAUACCCUCUUGACUACAAAAAUAGCAAUUCCUGUUCCAGUAGUGUUAACCAUAGACUUGCUGGUGGCAAAGACAUUAAGUUACGUUUCAGACUUGUCUAACGAUUAUCUAAAUUGGAUAAUGCAAGUGUGUGUUGGACUGUUUAAAUACAUUCACCAAUCCUGAAUGACACUUCAGUUUUCCUGAUGGAAUUAAGUUUCCUCUGUAAAGUUUUCUGAAUACAAUGCAAGCCUCACUUAAGACCACUUGUAGUCACUUAGUUUUUGUUGAUCCCUUGUGGAGUAUUGCAAGACGUCAAGAGAAGAUUACAUUCUGACUUAAAAUUUUAACAUUAAGAAGUCUAGCUGUCAGUGUAAUAUACUAGUUAAAAAUAAAUAAAUAAAUAAAAGUUAGCACAGUUUUUCCUAAAUAGCUUAAAAUAAUUUGACAGAUUUAUUUGGGCAUAAGCUUUCGUGGGUAAAAACCCCACUUCUUCAGAUGCAUGACUCCAUGCAUCUGAAGAAGUGGGUUUUUUUUACCCACAAAAGCAUCUCCUCCUGCGCAGGGAUCAGAGGGGAAAAACAGCCUGAUGCUGGGUCCCAGGCUUGUACGGAGUUUCCUGCGCACUGCCACUUCCUUCCUUCACGGCAUGCUGGGAACCGCAGCUGCCCAAACCCUCCCUCUCUCCCCAGCAGUGUAUUGGAGAGCUGGACUUUGCUGGCCCCUACUGGCAGCCAGCAGCUGUGCAGCGCCAAUUCUGCAGGGAAAAAGGAAAUUUUGCCCAGAACAUUAAUUCUGCACAAAUUCUGUGUUACACAAUGGUGCAGAAUUCCCCCAGGAGUAGUAGCAGCUGCAGAAGAGACUGAAAAAGGAGUUAAUACAGCUCCAUGUUUUAAGGAAUGAAGAAACUAUACCUCCAAUCUGAAAAUGGAGGAGGCAUUGGUGUCUACAGCGCAUCUUUUCCCUUCAUCUCAGAAUUCAAAAUAAACCCCACAACUGCAGCUUUGGAGGGCAAGGUUCCUUAGGUUGAUAUUGAAUGAAUUCUAGAUUUCCAUUCAGAAAUCAGGGUUCGGAUCAGCAUGCAGUGUGGCAGGGCCUGGCCAUUCCCUUGUGUUAGCCCAGCCCACUUGGUGGAAGUAGCAGUCCCUACCCUCCUUCCAUGUAUAGACAAGGGGAGAGCAGCCUGUAGAAGGAUGCUCCUAGCUGAUGGAAUUAACUAACUGUAAUAUUGCAUGUUUAGAUUGUUGUUUCUAAAUGUCUUUAAUCAUAAGAAGCCAUCAUCAAUCCUUUUAUUUAUUAUCUAUUUCUAUUGCUAGCCACAACUGCUUACAGAUCCACUAACUUCACCCUCUCAUGCCCCCAGUAGCCUGACUUUUCCAUGUGGGAAACUGCCUCCGCUCUGCACUGGGGCAUCAAAUGGAGUGAAGAGAUCCCAGCAUCCUGCACAUUUGAAACACUGUGUUUCCACUUUGUGUAGGACCUUCUCUGGCUACUCAAAUCAGGCCCUAUUUGGUGGGGGCUUCAGAGCACUCAGCAUUGGCUUGACUUGAAUAGGAAUAGAGUUAUGCCAACAAAAAGAGCUUUAGGAAAUCUCACUCUAACUUUUGACGAUUAAACUAUCAUAGGAGUUAUUCACAUGCUGCUUAUUGAGCAUUCAAAGCCAAGUUAUCCCAAGAUGAUAUAAAACUAGAAGAUUCAUUUUUAUUUGUCUGAGCAUAUCAAAAUGUUUUCUUUGGCCCCGUAUGUUUCUUCAGUUCCCCCAAAGAUUGGCAGGAUAUUUGGAUGGCUCCAAUAUAUCAUGUAAGAAUGUUUUGUCCUUUUAAGGAAUAAGAUUUCAGCUAAUACAUUUCUAAGUGAUUAUAGUAUGUUUUAAGUAGUGGCAUUAAAGUGCUUAGUUCAGGGUGGCUGAAUGACUUCGAACUGUCUCAGAAAUACACUUACUAAAGUGUCCCAAUAGUUUACAUAUAAACAAUUAAAGGCUGGACUGAUUAGAUCUGUGACUUUGAUUGUCAUGGCACACAGGAGUGCAAAUCAUUGACAGACAAUCAAAAAGCCUCAGCUGUGUCCAGAUUUCUAAAGCCCUUCCAUAACAUAACCAAGGUCCUAAAUAAUGUACUGUAUAAAGGAACAAAUUAAGAAAGGAAAUAGUAAUAAUUUUUUAACUGUGACAUGAAUAGUAAGAAUUCAGAGUAAAAUCUUGGCUCCAUUGAAGUCAUUGGGAGUUUUGCUAGUGACUUCAAUGGGACCAGGAUUUCACCCUCUGAUCUUAUAGAAACUGAAAGCCUACAGUGUUUUGAAAACAAAAUAAAGAUCAGGAGAAGGUUUUAUAAGAGUUAAUGAGCCUAAGCAGAGGUUUGGGAGUGGAGGUCUCUAGCAGCAGUUUUUUAGAUAAUGCCACAGUAAAUUUUAGGUACUUCUAAAAGCAGUCAAUGAUUCACCUCUUUUCAGUUCUCUGGUAAGCCACAGAAAGCUCUAAAAUAGAUACAUUAAUACAUUUAUAUAGUAAAGUACUGUAUUUUGUCAUGUGCGGUACUGAGAGAAUUCCUCAGGAGCACAACUUUUAUCCCUCAAGAAGUUAAAUACCUUAAUUGUGGAGGUGGGGACUAUCAGCAGUUGCUUCACUAUAGUGAAAACUGCAUUUUUCUUUAAGUCUUUGGUGACUUGGAGGCAAUUCUCUUCCAAAAUAAAAAAAAAAAAUUGGCAUUAAAAUCUAUUGCCAGAGUCAAGCCAUGCUAAGAUGUAUUCCAUAAAUAUUUUCAAUUUUGAUCAUUUUUGACAAAAUGGUGAUUGUCUUCACUAUACCUCAGAAGUUCCACGUUUCUCCCCAGUAUUUCAGGAAAUGAUCGUUUAAAAAUAUAUUUUCAAAACAACUCGUGUUCCUUUUCACAGGCAGAGCAUGUGAAAAUGAAGUAAAGGAUCACUUAAGCUCUGACAUUGUUUCCUUUUGAUAUUUUCUUAAAUGCCAAAGCAUAGCAUAGGGCUGCAUUUUGUCUGGCUUUUUCAAAAUAAGUCUGGAUUCCAACACAGAGACAAUAAAACACUUAUUGAAAUGAAAUGUAUCUUUACCAAAUUCCAACUUUCUCAACAUGUUUUCCAUAAUUUGGUAAAUGACAAAAUGUCAAGGCUUCGCUUUCAUUAAAAGGCCUACUUUUA